AUGACGAAGCAAGAGGCGCCCUUGAUCUUUGUCCUGCAAUCAACCUCUCCCCAAUCACAGAAGGAAAAGGAGCUUCAGGACGCGGAGCGCAAAGCCCACGCUGCCAAAGUCGCACAUGCAAGGCGUCGCCACCACGUGCGAGGAGUCGGUCAGGUCAGACACGGGAGGCCAGCUCGGCCUUCAGCAGGUGGUGGUGGUGGUGGUCGUAAGAAAGGUAAUUAUUGGAUAGACGAGACUGCACAGGAGGAGAAUGUCCCAGCCGCUACGCUCCCAAUCACGCCUCAACGAAGCCCUAUUCCGCUCUCGCCACACGGCUCCUCUGAUCCGUUCAACGCUCAGGCCAUUCCCGUCACGCCGCGGGUCCAUCAAGUCUUGCAGUAUGCGAACCAGUCGCUGUUGAGCCUCUUUGCCACGAGCUACAUUCGGCGAUUGUUCGCGGAUCCCUGGAGACGGUACUUCGACCCCAAGAAUUACGGAGCCCUUCGGGACAUCAAGUCGUUUGCUUGGACCUGGGAGUGGUCUUCGGCCGAGGAGGGCGCACUCUCCUCGUACGUCUCGAUGUACGCCAUCUCCAUAACGCGAUUCCUGCCCAAGGACGCACACAAGGAAUACUCGGUCAUGGCCUUGAGCCUCCGGACACGGAGUCUUGAGGUGCUGCGUAAGAGAAUAAGCGAUUUGGAUGGGACACGUCGACCAGACAUGACGCUCAUCAUGUGUGUGAUGCGUCUGUUCCGCAUGGACUCGUUCGCUGGGGACGUCAAGGCGGCGCGUCUGCAUGCGAACAUGAUCCGUGGCUUUGCCGACUCGGUCCCAGAGCUGGAACAACGGGGCCACUUCAUCCGCAUGUUGGUAUACAAUGACAUCGUCUCGGCGACGAACCAGCUUCGGCGGCCUUUGUUGGACUAUAAGCAUUGGAUCCAGGCCUUCUCGAAUGAAUGCCACGCAUUAAUCGAUCAUUGUCUGCCACCCGACCCCUCGGACGCCGAAGACAUCCACCAUUCGGUCUCGUUGGACCCACUCCGCAAGGCCAUGAAGCGUCUUCAAUGGUAUCUGUCCUUUGGGAAAAGCACGGUCAAGCCUGGUACUUUGCGGGAAGCGGAGAUGAUCCAUCGCUGGGUAAUCCUGGAUGCCCAAAGGUCCAUGGCAACCCUCUUACACCUGUACGCCGACUUGACCGAUGAUCAUGAUUCCCACCAGGAACCCCACCUCACAAACAUAGCUUUGACAUUGACGUUGAUCAUGUCCCUCCAAAAGAGCCUUUGGGAAGCCAAGCUCAACGGCAUUGAUAUCUGCGACUCGUCCCGUUUCAUCUUGCCGCGGCUGGAGCGGGUCAUGAGAUCAAUCAUCGAGUCGUCAACCAUAGAAGACCUGCAUUACUACCGGGAGGCGCACCUUUGGGUCUUUUUUGUCGGGGCCCAGAUGGAGCAGCAGAAGCUCAAGGCGAGCCACCCGAGUCCAGCGAGACAAAAACCUCAGGUCGCGCCGCCCUCGCUGUGGUUCAGCAACAUGCUCGUCCUACAGGCGCGGUUCCUGAACCUGUGGGAGUGGUCCGACGCGCGGGAAUUAAUGCUGAGUUUCGUCCUCAACGAGUUCUGGGAGCCGUCGCCUUUAAUUUGGUACGAGACCAUUGUCCAAAACAUAAGCGACCAGAUAGAUGAGGCAGUGACGGCGUCUAGUAGCGGAAUGUCGGUGAUGGCGCUGACGGGGCCGUCCGACACUGUUUGCUGGCCCAAGUACAGUGCCUGA